GCAAAUUCUGCAUGCUGCAUACAAAAGUUUGUGACCUGUAGCGGCAAAAGACAAGGACAGCACAAAGAUGGUGACCUCUCCAGAUUUUUGUCAAUGACCUAUACAAAGGUACCUGGUUCAUGCACUUCCUAAAUCCAGGUCGAUUAUCGACUACAAAUCUUACAAAUUAUCAACAGCUAGAAUUGUAAAACAGCUCGCUCUGAGUGUUUUAACAACAACGAGUAGCUGGUCGGUGCUGGCAAAUUAUUCAGCUUAAUGCGGACUCGUUACAGGAGCAGAGAUUCAGUUCAGCCGGAUCAUUAGCUGGGACAACUCGGCCGCAAGAUGGUGCACGACAUCUUGUACCUUGCAUCUUCAUUUUUUCUGGUCUUGUACUUUCCUGGUCCUAAAAACUGUUCAAGAGAGGAACCUCACAGGACAGAAUCGUACAUUGGGAGUAAAUGUUCCACAAAACGGGACAUGGGGAAUCUCUGGAAAAACCCGGGACAUUUUGAAGUGCGUGUUUCUCUGAGCUCAGUUGUAUUCACAACGAUUUUCUGGAUUUUCUGGACAAGAAAAUCUACUACGGGUACCACUGCAGAUUCUUCCGGUGCUGGUGUCUGAGACUUCUAAAGUCACACACGCACUCACUGGACAGCGUUUGCUGAAGGCGUGGUGUGCUUGCAGUUGCUCUCCUAGCCGCCGAUCAGUGAAUGUAGGAUCCUACCAGCAGCUAUGGACGAAUAGUCUUGUUGAGGAGGGAUUAAGAUUAUGCUUUAGUUUGCAAGCUGCAUCUAGACUAUAUCCAUGAAUAUGACAGAUUUCCAUAGUCAAGUCCAUGCCGAAAAUUAUCUCCAGUGCACCCAAAUCACUGCAUGUCUACUUUCAGAGAAAUACCGUGGAGGAAAAAUGUCCACAUCAUCUCUUGAUGAUCUUUCUCAGUUCCGAAGGCUUCAGCUUCUGAAGACCUUCGCCAACUUUUUCGUAGGAAUUUGUGACGGCCACCUUGACUUCGUGCAUGGAACCUUUCUUCAGGGAUAGGCUAAAACCUAAGAGAACAAGAAAAAUCGCUGCAUGUCUGAGUAUUUGGAGGUUCGGCGGACCUGAAUUGAUCCAGGCAUCGAAACGUCUGGCUGUGGGGGUGAAACGCGCAAAGAAAUUUCCCGCAAUUGCAGUGAGAAAAAUGAAUUUCGGAAGCAUGCUCUUCCUUAGCGCUGGAGAUUGGAGGCAGAUCAAGAACAUCAUGAACAUGAAGCUCAAGUACAUAAACAGAUGAAGAGUUCUAGAGUGCCUAUGAGCUUCUAUUGUCGAGGAGGAAGAAGCAGAACGUGAAGAUGCGGUGGCGUGGAUGAAGGACUCGGAGUAGAUGAAAGUCAAGAAAGCAGCAACCAUCGUCCCGAGGAAGAGAACAAGAAGCAUAAUUCGCUGAUCCUUCGUCAUCAUGCGCCAGUCCGCGCACAAAGCGAACGACGACGGCGGUCUGUGCCUUCCGCAGGCUUCAUCUCUUGUGCUUGGCGUGUUGCAAUCGGGCUCCAGACUUGAAAAUCACGCACAAACCUGGCAGACAGUGAUGCUUCUCUGACAGCUUAUGAAACAGGUGGCCUCCUUCAGAUGUAUCUCGAGGGAGAAUGCAGCACAAAGUGAUAUCUGACAGGGGAGCAAUAUUCAAUAGAUCUGAAGGAUUCGGCCAAAGGAAAUCAGCGAGAUCAGGAGAUUACUACUUUACUUAGAUGCUAAAUGAGAGCAGAGAGUGGCUUUCUACUACUGAAACUCUAACCUACUAGUUUCAACCCUCUUCACAAACAUUAUUUUUAGUGAACUGCCAUAAGGAUGACCCUAAUGAGUACACAGGGAAAACACAUGUGCAUGAUAUAUUUUUUAUUGAUUUUCCG